CCAGUGAUGUUGUAGAUAAAAAAUUAUCUUUUUUGUAGGUUUUAUAUGUAGGAUGGUUUUACGCGACACUGGAAAGUACUUCUGUCUUCUUGCUAGGUCUACUUGAAGGCAUAUUGAAUGAUAAUGAUUAAUGAGCUUGUUUACUAAUUUGUUGUGUCAAGGACAUGCUUUAUGAUUUGUUAAAUUGCAUUUGGGAUUAAUACCUUGUAUGUUUUUUGUAAGAGGAAUUCUCAGCCAAUUUUAACAAAAGAUGCAGGAAUCCCCAGAGCCAAGACAUGAAUUUUGGGUUGGCCAACGAGUACAUGCAUCUGGUGACUCACAGAGAAUUGGUACUGUUAAGUAUGUGGGGCCUGUAGAAGGCUAUUCAGAUACAUGGGUUGGAGUUGAUUGGGACAACGGAGAAGGAAAACAUGAUGGAUCCAUCAAUGGUGUCCGAUACUUUCACGCAAAGUCAGAAAGAUCAGGGUCAUUUGUUCGUGCUCACAAUCUGAACCAAGGGAUUUCAUUGCUGGAAUCUCUUGAAAGUAGAUAUAAAAGUGAAUCCACAAAAGAUGAAGAUGAUGAUAUGUUUGUCCUUUCAACAAGCAACCAGCGAGUAUCUGUUCAACUUUUGGGUAAAGAUAAAAUUCAUGAUAAGCUAAGUCGACUUGAGGAGUUAACCAGUGUAUCAUUGUCAUAUAUGGGUAUUAGUUCCCCUGGAAUCGCAUCUCACAUUAAUAAUACAGUGCCAAAUAUAAAAGAACUUGACCUGACUGGGAACCUUCUUUCGGAGUGGAAGGAUGUUGGCACAAUUUGUGAACAGUUACCUGCUCUAAGGACAAUCAACUUAUCUAACAAUUUAAUGUCACCAUAUAAAUCGAAGCUUCUGCUACUGAAAAACAUCCAAGUUGUUGUUCUAAAUAAUACUGGUGUAGAUUGGGAGCAGGUUGAGCUGCUUAGACAAUCAUUGACAACAAUUGAAGAGCUACAUGUAAUGGGAAACAGUAUAAGCAGAAUACUGCCAGGGUCAUCCUCUAUGGUUCAGGGAUUUGAUUAUUUGCGGCUGUUGAAUUUGGAAGAUAAUUGUAUAGAUGAAUGGAAGGAAAUCAUGAAGCUUUCUCAGCUAAGAUGUUUGGAGAAGCUUUAUUUAAACAAUAAUUGUUUGAAGUCUGUCUUUUAUCCUGAUAAUGGUGGGCAUUAUGAAUCAGAAGUUACGUGCUAUAAACCCUUUCAAAACUUACGCCACCUUCUAUUGGCUAAUAACAACAUCAGUGAUCUGGCCUCUAUUGACUCAUUAAACUUGUUUCCUAAUUUGGUGGAUAUCAGGCUUUCUGACAACCCAAUUACUGAUUCUGGAAGAGGUGGAGUUCCAAGAUUUGUUUUGAUUGCCCGUUUAGCAAAAAUUCAGAUAUUAAAUGGAAGUGAGGUUACUCCUCGCGAAAGGAAGGACUCUGAGAUUAGGUAUGUUCGGCUAGUGGUCUCAAGGUUGCAUGCUAGUCCUGAAGAAAUCAAACAGCAUCCCAGGUUUUACGAGCUUGAAAAAAUUCAUGGAAUUGAGGAUGAAAGGCCUUCAAUUGGAGCUACUGUCCCACAAACAAUCAGCUCAGGAUUAUUGUCUAUUACUCUGAAUUGUGUUGGAGCAUCCAUGGGUGAGAAGCCAUCAUUGACGAAGAAGCUACCAGCAACAACUACAGUCGGUAAGCUGAAAUUUCUCUGCGAAAGCUUUUUUAAGCUGAAGUCCAUGAAGCUAAAAUUAUAUCUUCGAGAAGAGGGUUCUCCAUUUCCCAUGCUGCUUGACAAUGACACUUCAUCUCUUAUGGACCUUGGAAUCGGCAAUGAUUCUAUUAUCCUUGUUGACGAAGAAAGUUCAUAAAUAUACCAGAAAAUUUGUGAAAAGCUUCUCUUGUGUUGAAGACUGUAUCCUGUUCUGAUUAGCCGCAAUUACUCUUGGGAGUAUAACUCUAAAAUGAAUAUAUUUGUAAGUGGUACACCAGUUUAAUUGGUCACAACUUUUUGUUAGGCUUCAAUCGAAGUUCUUAUCAGGGGUUUUGAUGCACUGUUUGAUUGGAUGGUCCGUUCCAUCCCUUGCUGCAACUGUUUUCUGUAAAUCACUAGUUAUUUUGAUUCAAUUGCAAACAGAUUUGGAUCUUGUUCUCUUAA